AUGUCUGAGGCGGGUGCGAAAUAUCGUAGCGAUCUUGACUCUUUCGAAGCCUACCAUGAAGUCCAAGACUCGCAUCACUCGAAUACAGGCCCAGCUCUUCCUGCUUUGGGCCAUGCCGUUGCAGGCGCUAUAGCGACAGCCGGCUCCAAGGCGCUCUUAUAUCCCAUCGAACUCAUCACAACCAGACUCCAAGUACAAAGACAACUACGAGGCUCCAAUGAAGCUCCAUCCGCUGGUCGAGAAGCUCGCGCAGAAUACAAGUCCUUCCUCGACGCAGCGCAGAAGAUCUACCGCGAUGAAGGACUCGGAGCAUUCUACACUGGCUGUGCACCAGAUGUAGGCAAAGGCAUUGCUGACUCCUUCUUGUUUUUCUUGGCGUACUCGUAUCUCCAUCAACAUCAGCUUCGCAAAGAUGGGACGAAACACUUGUCUGUGUUCAAGGAGCUGGCUGUUGGUGGUGCUGCUGGCGUUAGUGCUAAGCUUGUUACGACACCACUGCAGAACAUCAUUACCCGCCAGCAGACCGCCGCACUAGUCGCAGCCAGAGAUCCAAAUAACAGCAAGUCCCCCAGCGAAAGCGACAAACAGUCCAUCCAGGAGAUCGGCCGCCAGAUCUACAAUGAGCGAGGGCUAGCUGGUUUCUGGGCAGGCUACAGUGCUUCUGUCAUCUUGACCAUGAACCCAGCGAUCACUUUCGCAGUCGACAAUCUGCUGAAGCGCCUCCUACCUACACAACGUCGGGACAACCCGAGCCCGCAGGUGACCUUUCUGUUGGCCGCAAUCUCAAAAGCCAUUGCCACUUCGAUCACAUAUCCCGUCAUGCUAGCCAAGUCCCGCGCGCAAGCUGCCUCGCCAAGCAAUGUUCCAAAGGCCGAGGGUACAGAGAAGAAAGCUCCUCUGCCUCAGAUCCCAGGCGUCACUGUUGAGCGAGAUGUCGCCGCCAAUGUGCCAGUGUCCGACGACACCAAGGAGAAGGUCGAUCAUGGUAUCCGACGUCUGCUAAGGCUCUUUAGCGCACAAUAUGCAAUCUUCCUCUCUCUUCGCAAGAUCUACCGGAAUGAAGGUCUGGGUGGAUUGUACUCUGGUAUCGAAGGUGAAGUGCUGAAGGGGUUCUUGAGUCAUGGUCUUACUAUGGUUGUGAAGGAGAAAGCACAUGUGCUCGUCAUCCAGACUUACUACCUCCUGCUUCGACUGACGAAGCGAUGGCCGGAUGAUGCAAAGGACAUGGCCGCGGAGGCCAGAGAGCGAGUAGAAGCUGCUGGCACGAGAGUGGCUCACGAUACGAAGACUGUGAUUAAUGAUGUCAAGGAGCGAUCAGAGAAUGCUGCAGUGACGAUGGUCGAAGGGGCAAAGCAGUUGUCGCAAGAUGGCGGGAAGAACAUUUUGAGCCAGAUGCCGCAAAAUGCCAAAGGCCUUACCGAGGACGUCAAAGAAAGGGUCGAGAGUGUCAGCACGACAGUCGCACAAGGAGCAAAGCAAGCUCUUGCGGAGGGCAAGAAAGCUAUCUCGGGAGACAAAGAAUGA